GCAGCAAGGUCUGAAAAGAAACAAGGCAGGGUAGGUGAGGGCAUCUCGUUAGAUGCUUGUGGUGUGAUGGUGGUUCUCUUUUGUGUUAUAGCCUAAGUUUGUACAGUAUGGAGUUUUUUUCUUUCCUCUGACUUUCCUCAUCUGGCUGAUUUGAACGUGUUGCUAGUCUGAAGCAUUUUUUUUGUUGGAUUUGCUGCUAGCUACCCGGCUAGCGACGUCUGCAUUUCCACAUUGUGCAUCCAAUGGUCGAUUCUUGCUCGACCCUUUGGUUUCUUCAUUGACUAACCAAACGCCACAACUGGUGUCUUUGACUAUUUUGUAACAACCAAGCGCACUGGUUUACUGUUUGUUUUUAAACUUUGCACAGUAGCCACACUUUCUUAGACGGUGUUUGCCGCUGUCCACAAGAAAAUGUCAGCCUUUACGCAAGGAAGCGCGCUUCAGGAUUCGGAGCAUCAAAAUCAAGAGAACAUGAUCUCCAGACUACGAGCAUCAAAAGCCAGGUUGGAGAACCAAGAGAACGUGGUUCCCAAGACCUCCACGAGAACUGUUUUGGGAGCAUUGGAGAACAAUCCACGCAAACUACAGACUCAACGCGGGGUAAAACAGGCGCCAAACCAGGUGCUGUCCUGCAAACCAGACGACAAUGGCAAGAGCUGCGCGGAGAGGGUGCCUUCCAAGGCCCCAGCUUUCCAGAUCCAUGUGGACGAACCUGACGGUGCCUGCUCGAAGAAAUCUACAAAAUCCAGCCCCGUGGAUACCUCUCCCCUGACACUAAACCCUGCUGUAACCAGACUCAGGCAGCCACUCGCGCCCAUUGAGUUGCCUAUGGAUGUCAGCUUUGAAUCUCCCAUGGACAUGUCUGUGGUUGAGGAAGAGAAGCCCCCCUGUGUAAACGAGGUCCAUGAGUAUGCUGCAGAGAUCCACGCUCAUCUGAGGGAAAUGGAGGUUAAGUGCAAACCCAAAGCAGGCUACAUGAAGAAGCAGCCGGACAUCACCAACAGCAUGCGGGCCAUCCUGGUGGACUGGCUGGUGGAGGUGGGCGAAGAGUACAAGCUCCAGAACGAGACGCUAUACCUGGCCGUCAACUACAUCGAUCGCUUCCUGUCCUCCAUGUCGGUGCUGAGGGGGAAGCUGCAGCUCGUCGGGACUGCCGCCAUGCUGCUGGCUGCUAAAUUUGAAGAGAUCUACCCCCCAGAGGUGGCAGAGUUUGUCUACAUCACAGAUGACACCUACACAAAGAAACAGGUGCUGCGCAUGGAGCAUCUCAUCCUGAAGGUGUUGUCUUUUGAUCUCUCCGCCCCCACCAUCAACCAGUUUCUCACCCAGUACUUCCUGCAGCAGCCGGUCGGCAAGAGGGUGGAGAGCUUGUCAAUGUUUCUGGGUGAGUUGAGCCUGGUUGACUCUGACCCCUUCCUGAAGUACCUUCCCUCUCAGACGGCAGCUGCUGCAUAUGCUUUGGCCAUUCAGACGGUAACGGGUGCAUCUUGGCCAAAGUCCCUGGUUGAAUCCACCGGGUACUCCCUUGAAGACUUGAUUCCAUGCAUCAUGGACCUCCAUCAGACCUACCUCAACGCAGCCAAACACCCACAGCAGUCUGUGCGGGAAAAGUACAAGAGUUCAAAGUACCACGAAGUAUCCCUCAUCGAACCUCCAGAGAAGCUGAACUUGGAAUAGUUUCAAGACCCUGUAUAAUUUGUGUACACAUUUAUUUUUGUACUAAAUGUCGGACGUAUCUACAGGAUUUCAAUAACUGAAACCAUAGCCUUGAUUACGUGGGCAUGUGGUGAGAUUAGUGCUUUUUUUUUAAUUGUACAUUUUUAUACGGAAGUCCUUUUAGGACUGCUUUUAAUGCCUGAUUCCACCAUCGUAUGUAGUCAAUCAAGUUGUGGUUUUUAAUGUUUUUGUAUGUCCUCCCCUGUUUUUUGAGGCUUUCUCUGGACUAUUUAAGCAGCCUCUUGUCUGUUUUUUGACAUGCCACCUGUAAUUAAAUGCCCCAAUUUUUACAAUGAGAA